UAUUGACCAUAUGUAUUUAUGAUACGUGUGCAUAAAAUGUAAAGAUUAAUUAAAAAUAACAGAACCGACAAAAAUCAAAUCUAAUAAACGUUCGAUUUGACACCGUUAGAAAAAAUAUUUAGUUAUGAGAGAACUUUUAUCUUAUCUGAAUUGUUUUAGCUUACUCGAACCUUGACGCUCGAUGUGUGCAGUUUCGUACUAAAAAGAAUAUUGGAUAAACAAAUAUAUUAAAUAGUAAACAAUAUUAGAAAGGUUGAACAGUAAUACUAUUUGCAUAUACUACAUGCUUUAACUCCAAAAAAUAUGUAUAGAUACUUAAUGAAAUUCUCUUAUAUUGGUACGCAAUACAGGGGACUACAGAGAAAUGGCAUCAAAUCUGAUUAUAUAAUAAACGAUAUAGAUACAAUUCAAGGAGCUUUAGAAUGUGCUUUUACAACAAUAAUUCCUAAAUGCAUAAAUCGUCCAAAACUAACAACUUCUAGCAGAACCGAUGUUGGUGUACACGCGUUCUGUAAUGCAGCCCAUAUUGAUUUACAGAAUACACACGAUUGCUUAUAUAUACCUUCUAUGGUACUUGAACAAAUAAAUCACUAUUUCAUAGCAUGUCACCAUGAUAUUAGGCUCUUAGACUUUAUUCCUGUAUCAAACGACUUUAAUGCUAGAAGGUGUGCAAAAUCCAGAUCAUAUGUUUAUAGAUUUAUGGUACCUAAGGACAAUAUUCCAUAUGGAAUACCAAUAAUUGAGAGAUCACAUACUUACUGCUUUAGGCCACAAAAUUUUGAUAUAGAAAGAGUGAAGCGUGCCACACAACUAUUUUUAGGAAGAAAAAAUUUUGAAUCGUUUUCUUCACUGAAGAAAAAUGUACCAACGAAAUACGUAAAGACGAUAGAUAGAUUAACUGUAGAAAAAAGUUCGCCACUUUUAUCUAUCGAUCCUUUGACAAACAAUUUUGAAUUUUGGCAAAUUGAAUGUAGUUCAAAGGCUUUUUUAUAUAAACAGGUUAGACGCAUAGUUACUGCUUUAUUAAACUUAGGUGCUGGUAAUAUCACAGAAAAAGAUAUAAUAUGUAUGUUACAAGUUCCUGGCCACCAUAAUUGGAUUCAGAGUCUGCUAGUAGCUCCAGCAAAUGGCUUACACUUGAUAAAUGUGGAGUAUUCUCAAGAAGAUAUAGAUAAAGUUGCAAUUAAAUAUAACGAGGAUGAUUUUAAAGACAUUACAGCUGUAGCCCUGUAGAUUUGGAAGCAACAUAAUAUAGAUUUAAUUCAUAAUAACAUAUUAUUCUUUUACUUUUGUAUUUAGUUUUGCAUAAACGUUGUUCAUUAACAA